GCCUUGGCCAGGUCGAUGAAGACGGCUGCACAGUAUUGUCUUUUAUUGGUGGCGGAUAUGUUACAGACCCCACUGAGCGAGAUAGAACAUGAAGAAUCAGAUUUGUCUUGGUAAAUUUUAUAACAUAAGGAAGUGAAAUUUCAUCACCUCAGCGCGUUUAGUGGGUGGACACCCUAUAAUAUGCUAACUCCAGGCUGUAGCCAUAUGUACAACAAUGUAUUAUUGUGGAUUCUGUCAUCAUGGGCCUUCAGAAGCUUCAAGGAAGCUAAAGGUCAUUUGACACGAAUUUUGAUUUUGCAUUUACUAUCCCUUUAAAACCUCCCAGUUUGAACACACCCAGUAGGUGGCAACAAUACACCAUUUUUGUGUAGUCCGUCGAUAAAACCUCAAAGAAGACGACGUAAACAGAAGUAAGCCGUGACCAAAAACUAUUUCCACGUUUGCGUUUUUGUUGUCAUUUAGACGUUUAUUAAUACCCUGCAACUCAAAAUAUGACUCAUUUAACUGCAUAGCAUCACAAACUUACCCCAGGUAUUAUUUAAUUCGCUUUGGAGACAGGACUUGGUUGAUAUAUGUUAUCUAGGUAACGCUAACUAGCUAGUUGCUAAAGUUACCUAACAAUGGCUAUGGUUUUUCACACUCAAAUAGCCUCCAUUAUGGAGGUUCUAGCGAAUGCAGCCGUGGCAGAGAUCUGUAAACUCGUAGACGACGACUAUGCAGUGUUUCGUUUGGAAAUAACUCAAAGCCAGAAAGAAAACAGGGCAUUGCGGAGGAAACUACAACUACUGGAACUGAAGAAGGUUGCACGGGAGCGCGCAGAAAGGACAAUGCGAGAGCGUGUCAACGCCAGUCGUUUCAGUAGUGUCAAGAUCCUCGACCGAUACAGAGGAAUUGCAAGAGGCCACAUGAGCUUUGUGAAGCCAGCAGGACACAAUACAUGGAGCGAUGACCAACCAAUCACUGUUGAUGAGGGGAGUGGAACCUCAACCCAGCAAGUUAUCAUCAUAGAGUCUGCAGGUCCUGGGGUCAAGCUGGAGAGAUCUGAAGGAGAGCACAUCCAGACUGGAGUGGCUGGAGUGCCCCCUGUAGCCACGGAGGACCCCACCACCGCCCCAGCGGCACCAAAGACCCGACGCAGCAUCACGAAGGUCGGUGGAACGCUGAAUGCCGUCCUCAAGUCAGGGAUCGACACCAAGAAUUUAAUGGGUCAGGGGCGACUGGGCUGUCCCGCUCUCCACUCAGAAUAUUUACUUGAUGGUAACCCGAGCCCGAGGAUGGAUCUGUCCCAUCAGGACUUAGGAGACACGUUACAGAUUGGCAAUGAUCCGUCUUGUUCAUACGCUACAGAGAUGAUACAUGGUGACAUGCCUGUCGGCUUAGAUACACAGACUAAUCCAAUGAGAGGGGACUGGAACCAGUACAGUAGUAGUGUAUACUCUGAAGGGUCCCUAGAUAAGAAAGGGGAGGUUAUAGUCAUAGAUGAGGUGACUGUGAAAGUGGAGGGUGACUCUCCUCUGACAUGGAAUGCAGAUGAGACUCGCUUUGGAGAAGGACACUCACAGGGCAACACCAAUGACUUCUUAGACUACAGAAAAAGCUUAGAGACCAAUCUAACUGUCGCAACCCACUCCCCUUUACACACGCUCAGGGAUUGCGACCCACUGUCCACGCCAAUGGCAUCUUCCGAUUCACAAUACCUUUUCGAUCAGGUAUCGAACUCAAAGGAUCAAAUGGCUAAAGCACAGGGAGGGGGAGCCACAUCAGGAAAUAGUAAAGAGAAACGGUUCCUUUGCAUGUUCUGUAACAAAGGCUUCAGCAGCUCCCAGAAGGUGGCGAUCCACCAGAGGGUCCACACAGGGGAGAAACCAUUCAGCUGUACCCAGUGUCAUAUGCGCUUCACCCAGGCUGGUGACCUGAAGAGGCACCAGAGAGUCCACACAGGGGUAAAACCCUUCAGCUGUACCCAGUGUCACAUGAGCUUUGCCCAGGCUGGCAACCUGAAGAGGCACCAGAGGGUCCACACAGGGGAGAAAACAACAACCCCCUAGUGUGAGAAGAGGUUCUCCUACCAACACCAACUGAACAUGCACUUAUAAGUCCAUACGGGAGAAAGUAUGCGCUACGAGAAGAGGUUCUCAGAGGAUACACCAGCAGAAAAAAAAACAUUCCACGGAUUGACCUAGAAAUUAACCAUUCCACUCAAUAGCUUCUGACAUUUAGAUCAAACCCUGCAUUAAAGACUAAGAUUAAUGUUAAUUGGUGUCAGCAGAAAAGAUCCACAGAUGCAUUUGGAAUAAAGAGAGUAGCAAAUUUCAGUGUUGAAUAUUCCUGGGUAGAAUAUUGAAUCCAGACAGACGUGUGAUAUCUAAGCCUGAAAGGUCUGUUUCAUAGUGUUUGCACUGUGUAGGAUAUAUGAUGUUCAAGUACAGAAUAUUUUUCCCACAAUACUUUUAAUGAGUAAAUGAAUGCAGUUUAUGAAGGUCAUGCAGAUUUUUAGUGUGUGGUUUUUAUAUGGUGUCUUUAAAAAAGGUUGGUUUAAUAAACACAAAAUGGGACUUUUCAUUUA